GUAGCUCUUUCUCCCGCCCAUGGUCUGCCUUGUGGAUUUAGAGUGUAAGCUCUUCAGAGCCGGAAUUAUCUCUUACCCUGUGUUUGUAAAAUGCCCAGGCACUGUGGCCUUGAUUUCAGUUGGGGUCUUUAUGCACCCUGGGUGCCUUGACCAAGCACCAUUAAUGAGUGUCCUUCAUUACAGCUGUGCUCCCUUCAGUUGGUGGUUGACAUUUCUGUUCUCUCUCUCUCUGUUGCUAGUUUUCUUUAAGCUUUUUGGAAAGUUUUACCAGAGAUUUCAUUGCAGAAGUAUUAAUGACCCCUGUGACAAUGGCAGAAAGUGGUGGGCAGGAAAAGGCAAGAUGGAUCACAACAGUUAUCAUGAGUUCAGCUCUCCAGAGUCAUGAAAUUUCAGAAUCUCUACAGAGUCAACACCACAGAGUUCGAUAUUCAGAUUCGGUGGAAAAUGGAUCCAUGAUUUUUUCUCUUUCUGGCAUUGCAUUUCUAUUGGCAGACACACAAGACUUAUUUAAGACAGGAGGAGAACUGUUUUUAGGCAGAACUGAGAAGUUCAUAAAUAUUCAUCGGAACAGUUUUUUGCUUUUGUCAGCUGCCUUGCAUGGACCAAAAGAAUGGGAUUUAAUGUUCAGAAUUCAGAAAAGAUUCCUGGGCAGUAAUUUACGUGUAAUUCCAGUUCAUAACACUGCUGAAACAGUUAAACUCAUGCUAACUAUAGCAAAGAUCACCUGCAAACCACACAUAGACACCAUUCGGUACAGAAUGCUAAUGGCAAAAGCCCAGAUCAUAGACCAGAGUCCAGUUUGGAAAAUGCUUCACAAGAUCCAGUUGGAUUGUAACUAACUUAGUACCAAUUAGAUUUAUUCAAAACUUCUGGAGUUACAUUUCUAAACAAAAUACAAAUGCUUUUCUUAUCUGUUCAAAAAAAUACAGCAACUGUACAAAAAAUAGUUUAAAAAUAUUUGUGUAUAUAAUUAAUGCAUUAAAUAAAAUUUACAUAACAUUUAUUGUGAUACUCAAUGCUAUAUAGUGUGAGUUAUACCAAAUUUGCUAACUUGGAGAAAAGUUAAGGGAUUUUUUUAAACUCUAUAUAUGUUUUGUUUUUACAAUUUGGGCAAUUUAAAUAAAACAUUAAAAAACAAGUGCCUUACCUUCAGCUUGAUUGCAAAGUGAUGUUAUUUUCCAAAACAUUUAAACACCUCUUUGGGAGCUUCUUCAUAGUUAGGGAGGAUAAGAAUAAUCAAAAUGAUCCUAGAGUAGAUUCCCCCAAGUUCCAUAUAUUUUAGACCAUAUUAUGCAUUAACAACUU